ACUUUUAACAGUCAGCAGUGGUCGACACGGAUCAGAAACAAGCAGGAUGUCCCUUUAUAGUGUAGUGGAGUUCAUUGAUGAGUACACAGACAAUGGAAGGACUGUCAUUGAUGUCAUCCCUACAAGCUGGAUUACUGGUCCAGAAAGAGAAGAAUGCUUUUGGCCAACUGGUAGGACUGUGGACAUCAGCAAGGCUGUUAAAAAACGGUUAACUCCUGGAGCAGACUGGGAAAAGUACAGCAUACGUGUCUUAGGAAAUGCAGAGACGUAUUCUGCAGCAAGAGCUAAACUUAGUAGGGCCGAGGAGACCUCAGAUAUACAAACUGACAUUGAAGUGCCAAUGAAGCGCAAAAGAUUGCCAAAUAGAAAAUUUUUUCCUUUCACUAGCGAAGAGUCAGACAGCACUGAGGAUGAACUACCACCCACACCUCCCCAUCAACUAAAAAUUACAACCCAAAAGGUCACCACCAAGACAAUGGAUGGCCAGACUGAAACUGGACCUUCCACUCAGAGAGUCGCCACUACAGGACCUACGAUUCAGAGAUUUGCUACUUCUGAUUCUGCUAUGUUCAUCAAACUCUUAACACUAUUAGAAGAAGUGAAGGAGACCCAGAGGGUGCAUAGCAAUAUGUUAAAUGCUUUGCUCAAGCAACAUGAUGAGUCUUUGCCAGAGGUUCCUGAAGGAAUUGUCUUCCCUAUAACAACAACUGAAGACUUGGAAGCAAUGAAUGAAAAGUUGCAUGACCCAAGAUUAAUGUCCAUUGUUACUGCAAAGGUAGCAGAUAUUGGUGGUUCUUCACUGGAUGAUGCUACGAGGAGGAUGAUGAGAUUCCUGAUUUCAAACGAAUUGGCGAUCCAGUACAAUCUCUUUGGCCGUCAUGGCAAGAAAAGAUUUCGAGAUCUGUGCCUCUUUGACGUCAUAUGUGGUGGACUGAAGAAGAACGCAAUGACCAAGACUGUGAACCAGAAAGACAUAGAAAAGGCACUCUCAAAAUGGUUCACGGGGGCUAGAGACAGGGGCGGAAAGAGAGCAAUCAGGUCACAGCAGUCUUCAGGACUGUGAUCAGUUUUGUGUGUCCAUACAAAUUGUUAAGACCAAGUAUUUUAACACUGUAUUGUAAGUUGAACGGUUUUUGUGUUUUAUGUUGUCGUUGAAGUUUUUAAGUGUUGAAAAGGGAUUGUUCACCUAAAAUAUAUAAAUCUUUUCUCUCUCUUAUAUUGAUUUUAAACUAGUGGUGUCAAACUCUGAUUCUGGAGGGCAGAACUUGGUUCCAACCCUAAUUAAAAGUACCUGAUCCAGCUAAACAAACCCUUCAGGAUUAUUUGAAAUCUAGAUGUAAUCUGUGUUGGAACAGAAUUGGAACUAAAAUACGCAGGGCUGUGGCCCUCUAGGGGUUUGACACCGCUGCUUUAAACCCAGUAAGACUUUCUUUAAUCUCUGAAACACAAGUGUUAUUAAUGUUAUUAAUGAAAUUAAGAUAUUUCUGUCUCUCCAUAUAAAAACUAUUCAUGAAUUUUCAGAAAAAAGCUAUCUCUUUUUUAAAUCUUAUUACUGUUUGGAAGCAUCAGAAGUUUGGGUAAACAGACAGAAAAUUCCCAGGUUUUUGCCCCCACUGUUUUCAUAUCUUGACUAUUUGUUUGUUUGUUUUUUAUAUAUUUUUAAAUGUUACAUAAGUUUGGUUAUGUAAAACCAGCUGUUGGGAUAGUAUCACCCUGUUUU